AUGAAGAUUUUUAUCAUUUACCUGAAGAAGCCUGUUGUUAUUAGCAAAAAAGCAGUGAUGAAAAGAGAAAUCCAUUUUGAUUUGCAAUUCAACAUAUCACAACCUUCCACACAAGCUUUAGGAGAAGACAAACAGAUGAUGGUCCCUGGCCAGGUGAAAACCUCCUCAGAACUUUUUAGUAAGUCUGAGAAAGAAGAGACUGAGAUUCCUAAUAGCCAUGGAAGAGAGACAGAGCUGCUAGAAGAAUCUACUGACCUGGAGGAGAUCAUGAGUGCUGGAGAUGACUGUUGCCUGAUAACUCUCCCCUUGAAUGACCAGUCUGCACCGCCUCAAACAAAUACAGCUGAGAGUCCAUCUGAAAAACUGAAACUGGAUGAUACACAACAAGAAGUUACUUCAAAACAUGAGCAUUCUUCCGAUUUACAAGAACCAUCAGUUAAAAUUCAGUCUCCUAAAUUAAGUGGCAAAUCUAGGGCAGAUUCUGCUUCCAGGGUUGACAGAAAGCAAGAAACAAGUGUGUCGUUUAAUUACAGGAAACAUCUCUUCUCUGAGAGUAGUCAAGAUUCAAGUACCAGUACCAGUGAACUAUCUUGGACCAGUAACCAAAAGAAGAAAUCCCUAAAAUCAUACUCUAGUAGAAAAAAGAUAAGAACCAGGAGUAGUAUAAGAAUCUUGCCACUUUUCCCUCUCAAUAGUGGCAGUGACCAUGACCACAAGAAAGACCAAGCUAAACUUCUAAGACCAUUACGGAAAGACGUGUCCAGGCAAAAUGACACCAUGCCUCCGCAAAUUUCUGAAACAAAAUUCCCAAGUAGUUCUGCCUUUUUAACUCUUGAAGAUUCUGCGAAAAAAACAGUAUCUAUUGAAGAAAGUGUGAAGAAGCAAGACGACUCAAAUGAUGACCUGUAGCAGGGGUUGGUAAACUUUUGUCUGUGAAGGACCGGAUAGGCUUCGAGGUCCUCACCCACUAAGCAAGUUCUCUUCCUCAGAGCACUCAGAAGAUGAAGAAAAUGUAUAUAAGGCACUACUUAAUUGUUG